AACGGGAUUUAUAACGAUAAUCUGGAAUGUAUUAGGAAUCGUUUGACGUCCGUGGAUGACGACAAGAAUCACUAUAAUCGUUCUAUAGUUAACACUAUUAAACGAGAAAAAAAAAAAAAAACGAUAACAUCUGCAUUUAUUCUUCAUAAAUUUUCGUCUAUCUUUUGCACGGACAAAUGAUUCUUAUCGAAUUACAUUAGACUUUAAUUCUUAUGAUUUUAAUUUAGUUCAAUUUCAGAUUCAAUCAAAUUCAUAUUAAUGAAUUCUUUAACGAUUUUAUAAAAAAGAAAAAAAAAAAAAAGAAAAAAUAAAAAAAAAACUAAAUAUUUUUUCUGAUCGACUUGUAAACAAAUUUUAUCAAAAAAAAAAAAAAAAAAAAAGAAAGAAAGAAAAAAAAAAUAUUUAUAAAUAGUAAGUUCAUACGCAUUGCAAUGUAAUAACGCGCACCUAGAUAACAAAAUAAUUACCAAUGUAAAUUCAUCCGAUCGUACAAGUUGUAUGUACAUACCAUCUUAUAGAACUUAAAACUAGUAUAACAAUAACAACAUUAUUAUAAAAGAAUACACUGUGCUGUUGAUUUUUAAUCGGAUCUUAAAUAGAUAACAUUCUAUUAUCCAAAGUUUCUUUGUUUUGCGCAAUAAAAUUCCUUCAAGUUCAUCUAGAUAUGUAUGAUAUUAAAUUUGUUCAAUUAUUAAUAUUAUUAUUAUUAUUAUUUUUUUUUUUUUUUUUUUAAUUUUAUCAACAAAAAAGCAUAGAAUUUUUAAAGAUAUCGAAAAUAUUUAGUAAUCAAGUAUUUAUCGAUUUUACUUAAAAUUUAUGUACAAAAGUUCAGAAGUUUGUUGAUUGUUAAAAAAUGGAAAGAAAAGAAUAUAUAUAUAUAGUUUAUUGUCUUCAUAUUGUUUGAAAGCUUAUCCUUUAAAUUAUAGAAAAUAAAUUUGCAUGUUUUUUGUAUGAUACGUCAUACGAAGAAGGUCGUUGCAAAUACUGUAAAAGCGUUAUAAAAAAAAAAAAAAAAAGAAAAAUACUAUCUAAGAAAGUAGUACAAGAGGAGUACUCCUCAUCCUUUCACUGCCUGUGAUGUCUCUUAUGAUUAUUUAUACAGAUAAUUACUCAGCAAGUAACAUAGAUUUCUUACAAAUGUGUUAUAAAUUAGAGGAAUAAAUAUAAGAAGAAACAGAUAUCAAAUAUAUAUUUGUUAUUGGUUUUUCUAAUUUAAAAAUACAUUUCGAACGGUGAUACCUUGCUGUUAGAGGACGUUUAUUAUAAAUAUAUCGAUUUAUUCCAUUAGAAGUAUUUACAGAGAAAACGAUUUAAAAAAAAAAAAAAAACAAAUUGACAUGUCUAUAUUCAAAGCAUACAUGUAUAAUAUUUAAGUAUGCACGGACGUUAGUAUGACUCACAGGAUAAUGUCAUUUGUCUACGAUGCAGCGACUAUGAUUUUAUAAGCGUUCUAGUAUCGGUAUAAACUCAAAAAGGAUUAAACAUGAACGUGCAUGAUUUACGUGACGGGCCUCCGUUAUUGCAAGCAAUAUUUCACGGGGAUGUAGAAGAGGUACGUGCAUUAUUAUCAAGACAAGAGGACAUUAAUUGGUUAGAUCUUGAACAACGUUCCCUUCUGCAUGCAGCAGCAUAUACAGGAGAUGAAAAUAUUGUAGAAACUUUAUUAUUAAAUGGUGCAUCAGUCAAUAUUAAGGAUAAAAAAUGGUUAACACCAUUACAUAGAGCUUGCUGUUCAAGCAAGCCUUCCGUAGUAAAUGUACUGUUAAGGUAUAAAGCAGAUGUAAACAAUAGAGAUCGAAGUUGGCAAACACCUCUACAUGUUGCAGCUGCAAAUAAUGCUGUAGAAUGUGUAGAACUUAUGAUUCCUUAUGUGUUAAAUAUAAACGUAACAGACAGGGGUGGAAGAACAAGCCUACAUCAUGCUGCGUAUAAUGGUCAUUUAGAAAUGGUAGAAUGUUUGACUCAAGCUUGUUGCGUAGUAAACGCAGCUGAUAAAAAAGACAGAAGAGCUUUGCAUUUUGCAGCAUAUAUGGGUUAUGAGAAAAUUGUUAAAUUACUAAUUGAAAAGGGAGCUGAUGUAGACGUUAAAGAUCGCGAUUUAUAUACUCCAUUACACGCAGCUGCUGCAUCUGGUAACGUUGAAUGCAUGCACGCUUUAAUCAAAGGUGGUGCAGAUAUAGAAUCCAAAAAUGUAUAUGGCAAUACACCUUUGCAUAUUGCUUGUUUGAAUGGACAUGUAGAUGCAGUUUCAGAACUCAUUGUCAGUGGUGUUAAUAUUGAAACUAUAAAUUAUCAAGGUCAAACACCUCUUCAUAUUGCUGCUGCUAGUACACAUGGUGUUCACUGCUUGGAAAUGUUACUUCAUGCAGGAUUAAGAAUAAAUGUUCAGUCUGCAGAUGGACGCACGCCAUUACACAUGACUGCAAUUCAUGGAAGAUUUACUCGUUCGAAAAGUUUACUAGAUGCAGGUGCUUUGCCUGAUAUAAAUGACAAAAAUGGAAAUACUGCCUUACACAUUGCUGCUUGGUUUGGUCACGAGUGCUUAACCACAACAUUACUUGAAUAUGGAGCAUCACCUGCAGCCCGUAACACGACUCAACGUACUCCUCUACAUCUCAGUUGUUUAGCGGGUCACAUAGAAGUUUGCAGAAAAUUAUUGCAAGUUGAUAGUCAACUUAUAGACUCAAAGGAUUUAGGAGGUAGAACACCGCUGCAUUUGGCAGCAUUAAAGGGUUCUGUAGUUUGUCUGGACUUAUUGUUAUCUAGUGGAGCUAAUUUUAGAUUAACUGAUAACGAAAAUAAGUUAGCUUUACAUUUAGCGGCUGGUCAAGGUCACUACUUUUGUGUUUUUACUUUGGUUGGAUUUGGUAGUGAUUCUAAUGCUCAAGAUUUGAAUGGUGCUACACCUCUUCAUUUAGCUGCAGCAGCAACAAAUUGUUCGGCAAAUUCUUGUGCACAGUGUGUGCAAUACUUAUUAAAACAUAGAGCAGACCCACAAGUAGGUGACAGACGUGGAUUUACAGCUAUACAUUAUGCAGUAACUGCUGGUAAUCAAUCAGCAUUAGAAUCAUUGUUACAAGCUACACUACCAGGUUCAAUUGCUCCCAAGAAGGAAUCACAAUUACCCUUACUUACGCCAUUACAUCUUGCGGCAUAUCAUGGUCAUGGUGAAAUAUUAAGGUUAUUAUUACCUUUAUUUCCAAAUACUAAUAUCAAAGAAGGUACUGGUAAAACACCAUUAGAUUUAGCAUCUUAUAAAGGUCAUGAAAAAUGUGUUCAAAUGUUAUUAAAUUGUGGUGCUUCAGUUUCAGUUGAAGAUUCUAUUACUAAACGUACACCAGUACACUGUGCAGCAGCUACAGGUCAUAUUAAAUGUUUACAACUUUUAUUGGAAAGAACAGAAGAUAUAAGUGUAAUAAAUCGUUACGAUAUAAAACGACGCACAGCUUUAACAUUAGCUGUAGCUAAUAGUAGAACAGAAUGUGCAAGUUUACUUUUGAAAUACAAUGCAGAUUGCAACUUACCCGAUAUGAAUAAACAUACGCCAUUGUUUCGAGCAGUGGUCAAUGCGAGAGAUCAUGAAUUGGUAGAUUUGUUGUUAUCACAUGGGGCACGUGUUGCUAUUCAGGAUACAAAUGGGAAAACACCAUUGCAUUUAGCUGCUGCAUGUGGAAGAUUGAAAGCUUUAGCUGCAUUAAUUAACGCUGAUCCAGUGGCAGCGACGUUAAAAGACGAUCAAGGUUGCAUAGUACUUCAUUGGGCUUGUUACAAUGGAAAUUCUAAUUGUGUAGAAUAUCUCUUAGAACAAAAUGUUAUUGAUUCUUUAGAGGGUAAUCCUUUCUCUGCCGUUCACUGUGCCGCUUAUCAAAAUUCAGCGCAUUGCUUGGAUUUGUUGAUAAAUAAAUUCGGUGGACAGACAGUUGCAGCUUUGAGAGAUGCACAAGGUGGUCGACUUCCUUUACACGUUGCUACUAGUGCAGGAUCGGUUGAAUGUGCACGACUCAUUUUAAGUUCUGUUGGACCUGAGUUGGCUGGGCUCGAAGAUUUGGAUCAUUACGGUCGGACACCUCUUCUAUGCGCUGCUGUUAAUGGACAAUGCAAUGCAAUCGAACUGUUACUCGAGUGGAAAGCGAAUGUUCGUGCCGUUGAUGCCAAUAAGAAUACAGCGUUGCACUUAGCUUGUCAAAGACGUCAUUCCGCUGCUGCUUUACUUCUUUUAGACUGGAUUGCUUCAAUUAGUUGCUUAGAAAAUACUCAACAAUUGCAACAACAACGUGUAGCAGUAAUUAAUAUGACUAACAAACAACAGAGAACACCCUUGCACUUGGCAGCAAGAAAUGGUCUCGUAAGGGUAACAAGAAAAUUACUCGAAUUAGGAGCAAGUGUUAUCGCUAUAGACGCUGAGGGUCUUACGCCAGCACUUGCAUGUGCUCCAAGUCCAGCGGUAGCUCGUUGUUUGGCUACUAUACUUGCUGCUCAUGGUCAACAUUGGGAAACAACACAACAUUCACCGUCUAUACAACAAACGUCAGAAGUUUAUUUGAAUGGAAGAAGUGGAGAUUCACAACACAGUUCAGAUUCAGAAUUCUACUGACAGCAGGUAACACGCUUAGACCAUCAAGCGUAUCAAGAUAUAAAUGCUGGUUCUAUUCAUGGCGACAUUGAAACUGCCAGACUACUUUGGGCAAGCUGUUGGCUUUUUUCAAUUUUUGCAUAAUAACCCCUCUCCCAGUUGUUGAAAGUAGGCAAUACCGAUGUGAUAGUUAGCCUCAAACAAAAAAAAUGAUCAUGACAAUACCCGCAUUUACCUUAUUAAAACAUUGAAUUUACUCAUUUCAUACAUAGUUGAUAAUAGUAAAUAUUGAUAAAUACAAAUACUCUUUAAUUUUUCGAGAGAAACACCAAUGAUUAUGUCUUAAAAUUCGGACGAUAAAACUUUUGUUAAUAAGAAUAACAACAAGCAUUAAUAAGAAUUAAUUUAUAUGCGUUGUACAAACAAUAAUUCUAAAAUAUCCUACAAAACAACAUUUUAUACGAGCAAAACCAAGCAAUUAUAUUGUCAAAUGGUUUAAAUAGUUCAAGAAUUUUGAAACGGCUAGUUUAGGGUUAAGCUAAUCACGUGCCAGAUUUGGCUAAUAAGAAAAUAUUUUUUAAAGUAGUUAUUAUAUUUUCCUAAUUUUUAGAUAAAAUUAUUAUCGAUUGUCAAGUAAAAAAAAAAAAAAUAUAUAUGAUAAUUACUCUAUAUAUAUAUAUAUAUCUUAUCAAACGUGUAUAUUUACAAGUGACAUAAGGGCAGUGUUGUUGAGAUUAACGGAAACGUUGAUAACGCAUUAAAAAAAAAAAAAAAAAGAAAGAAAGAAAAAGAA